CCCACAAGUGUUUGCAUGCACAAGAAUGAACUCCUCGUGUUAUUUCAAGAGGGGAGCGAGAACUUUCCCUGUUACCCUUAUUAUUUUACUCGGAAUCAGAUUAGCAUCAGUUUUUGCCUGUAUUGGUGACGAAUGCCGCAUUAUCCUGUUCGAGGAACCGAUAUCAAAUAAGGUGAUAAAGGGUCACACGAUCAGGAGUGAGGAGGUACCUGAUGAAGGGAGCUGCCGUGUGAUGUGCUAUAUGGAGCCUAACUGUGUGUCCAUCAAUGUAAGACUCGCGCAAGGCGGAAAAUACAAAUGUGAGUUGAAUAACGCCACAGUUGAUGAAAGUAAACUGACCUUCCUUCAGGAAACGGAUGCUUACUACCUGGCUAUUGAGAAUCCCUGUAGUAGCAGUCCUUGUUUAAAUAACGGAACUUGUCAAGUUGGUUUUACCAGCAAAGGAUUUCGAUGUGUCUGCGUUCACGGAUUUGUUGGAGAAAACUGCAGUGUAGUGUUCCGACCAAAGUCUUGCAGCGACUUAAAGAGGGUCUAUCCUAAUACAAAAAGUGGACCAUGUACCAUCUAUCCUGAUGGCGAAGGAGGGUCGCAACCAUAUAACGUCACAUGUAACAUGACCGACAAGAACGAAAUUGGCGUGACUGUCGUUAGUCACGACAGCGAGAACAGGACGCUGGUGAACGGAUAUGAAAUAAAGGGAUCUUAUUCACGUGACAUACACUACCAAGGGGCGACCGUUUCUCAGUUGGUGGGUCUCAUCAACGUUUCUAAGCACUGUGAGCAGUUCAUCAAGUACGAGUGCUUAGCUUCUACAUUGAACGAUGGCUUUUGGGUUUCACGUGAUUCCGUGAAAAUGACUUAUUGGGGCGGAGCAACUCCUGAUUCAGAUAGUCCUAUGAAGUGCGCAUGCGGAAUGAAUAACACCUGCGCAAUUAAAGAUGAAGUUUGUAACUGUGUUGCGAAUGAAAACAACUGGCUGGAAGACAGCGGUCUCCUCACUGAAAAGACACAUCUACCGGUUAAACAGCUGAGGUUUGGCGAUACAGGUGGAGACACCGAGCAAGGCUACCAUACCUUGGGAAAGUUAAAAUGUUACGGAAUCGUCUGA